UCUGCAGCUUCUCCUGUCAUCGGAAAUGCCAAGCCAAGGUGGCUGCCCCCUGCAUUCCUCCAUCCAACCAUGAAUUGGUGCCUAUCAACACCGAGAGUGCACCAAAGAAUGUAGUGGACACGGGAGAAGGAGCCUUCCGGGGUGGAAACACUCGGAAAAGUCUUGAGGAAGACGGCUCCGCCAGAGUCACCCCGAGUGUCCAGCCCCAUCCCCAGCCCGUCAGUCUCCCCAGAAACAUGAGUGUGAGCCGGACCAUGGAGGACAGUUGUGAGCUGGACCUGGUAUAUGUCACAGAGAGGAUCAUCGCCGUCUCCUUCCCCAGCACAGCCAAUGAGGAGAACUUCCGGAGCAACCUCCGCGAGGUGGCCCAGAUGCUCAAGUCCAAACAUGGAGGCAACUACCUGCUUUUCAACCUCUCUGAGCGGAGACCUGACAUCACGAAGCUCCACGCCAAGGUACUGGAAUUUGGCUGGCCUGACCUCCACACCCCAGCCCUGGAGAAGAUCUGCAGUGUCUGCAAAGCCAUGGACACUUGGCUCAAUGCAGACCCCCACAAUGUCGUCGUUCUACACAACAAGGGAAACCGAGGAAGGAUAGGAGUUGUCAUCGCCGCUUACAUGCACUACAGCAACAUUUCGGCCAGCGCCGACCAGGCCCUGGACCGGUUUGCAAUGAAGAGGUUCUAUGAGGAUAAGAUUGUACCCAUUGGCCAGCCAUCUCAGAGAAGGUACGUGCAUUACUUCAGCGGCCUGCUCUCUGGCACCAUCAAAAUGAACAACAAGCCCUUGUUUCUGCACCACGUGAUCAUGCACGGCAUCCCCAACUUCGAGUCUAAAGGAGGGUGUCGGCCCUUUCUCCGGAUCUACCAGGCCAUGCAACCUGUUUACACGUCUGGCAUUUACAACGUCCAAGGAGACAGCCAGACCAGCAUCUGCAUCACCAUCGAGCCUGGGCUGCUCUUGAAGGGAGACAUCUUGCUCAAGUGCUACCAUAAGAAGUUCCGGAGCCCAGCCCGGGAUGUCAUCUUCCGCGUGCAGUUCCACACCUGUGCCAUCCAUGACCUGGGGGUUGUCUUUGGGAAGGAGGACCUUGAUGAUGCCUUCAAAGAUGAUCGAUUUCCAGAAUAUGGCAAGGUGGAAUUUGUAUUUUCUUAUGGACCAGAGAAAAUUCAAGGCAUGGAACACCUGGAGAACGGGCCGAGUGUGUCAGUGGACUACAACACCUCUGAUCCCCUCAUCCGCUGGGAUUCCUAUGACAACUUCAACGGGCACCGUGAUGACGGCAUGGAGGAGGUUGUGGGACAUACUCAGGGGCCGCUGGAUGGGAGCCUGUAUGCCAAGGUGAAGAAGAAGGACUCCCUGCACGGCAGCACCGGGGCCGUCAAUGCUACACGUCCUGCCCUGUCGGCCACCCCCAACCACGUGGAACACACCCUGUCUGUGAGCAGUGACUCGGGCAACUCCACAGCGUCCACCAAGACAGACAAGACCGAUGAGCCUGCCCCCGGCCCCUCUAGUGCCCCUGCUGCCCUGAGUCCUGAGGAGAAGCGUGAGCUGGACCGCCUGCUCAGCGGCUUUGGUUUAGAGCGAGAGAAGCCAGGCACCAUGUACCACACUCAGCAUCUCCGGUCCCGCUUGGCAGGGGCCCCUGCUGCGCCCUCGUCCGUCCGCCACGUUGUCCCAGCCCAGGUUCACGUCAACGGUGGGGCCUUGGCCUCUGAGCGGGAGACAGACAUUUUGGACGACGAGCUGCCCAACCAGGAUGGGCACAGUGUGGGCAGCAUGGGCACGCUGUCCUCCCUGGAUGGGAUCACCAACACCAGUGAGGGAGGCUACCCGGAGGCCCUGUCCCCACUGACCAAUGGCCUGGACAAGCCCUACUCCAUGGAACCUAUGGUCAAUGGCGGGGGCUACCCCUAUGAGUCUGCCAGCCGCGCAGUGCCUGCCCAUGCUGGCCACUCAGCCCCUAUGCGGCCCUCCUACUCUGCACAGGAGGGUUUAGCUGGCUACCAGCGGGAGAGCCCCCACCCAACUUGGCCACAGCCAGUGACCACCUCCCACUACGGCCAUGACCCCAGCAGUAUGUUCCGCUCUCAGUCCUUUCCGGAAACUGAGCCCCAGCUGCCCCCAGCUCCAGCCCGGGGGGGAAGCAGUCGGGAGGCUGUGCAAAGGGGACUCAAUUCCUGGCAGCAGCAACAGCAGCAGCAGCAGCCGCCGCUGCAGCAGCCUCGCCCGCCUCCUCGACAGCAGGAAAGAGCCCACUUGGAAAGUCUGGGGCCCAGCAGGCCCAGCCCCCAGCCGCUGGCAGAGACCCCCAUGCCUGGCCUCCCUGAGUUCCCAAGGGCAGCCUCCCAGCAGGAGAUCGAGCAGUCCAUUGAAACCCUCAACAUGCUGAUGCUGGAUCUGGAGCCGGCUGCGGCUGCCACCCCCCUGCACAAGUCCCAGAGUGUCCCUGGGGCCUGGCCAGGGGCCUCCCCUCUCUCCUCCCAGCCUCUUUCCUGCUCCUAUCAGUCCCAUCCACUGACCCAGUCCAGAUCUGGCUACAUCCCCAGUGGGCAUUCCUUGGGAACCUCUGAGCUGGCCCCACGAGCCUCCCCGGAGUCCGCCCUUCCUGGCAGGUCUUACUCACCUUAUGAUUACCAGCCAUGUCCAGCUGGGCCCAACCAGAGUUACCGUCCAAAGAGCCCAGCCUCCCCCUCCUCCUUGCCUGCCUUCCUUCCAACCACCCCCAACCCUCCAGGGCCUCAGCAGCCCCCGGCCUCUCUGCCUGGCCUCACCACCCAGCCUCAGCUCCCACCAAAGGAGGUGACUUCAGAUCCAUCCCGAACUCCGGAGGAGGAGCCCUUGAACCUGGAGGGGCUGGUCGCCCACCGGGUAGCAGGGGUGCAGGCUCGGGAGAAGCCGCCCGCAGAGCCCCCAGCCCCUCUGCGGAGGCGGGCGGCCAGCGAUGGACAGUAUGAGAACCAGUCUCCAGAACCCUCAUCCCCCCGGAGCCCCGGAGUUCGCUCCCCUGUCCAGUGCGUGUCUCCGGAGCUGGCUCUCACCAUCGCGCUCAAUCCUGGAGGGCGGCCCAAAGAGCCCCAUCUGCACAGCUACAAGGAGGCCUUUGAGGAGAUGGAAGGAACCUCUCCGACCAGCCCACCGCCCAGUGGAGUGCGCUCCCCUCCAGGUCUGGCCAAGACACCCCUCUCUGCCCUGGGCCUGAAACCCCACAACCCAGCGGAUAUCCUGCUGCACCCCUCGGGCGUCACCAGAAGACUGAUCCUGCCAGAGGAGGAUGAGGGGAAGGAGGUGACAGAGCUGUCCGAAGAGCCCCGGAGCUACGUUGAGUCGGUGGUGCGGACGGCGGUGGCUGGGCCCCGAGCCCAGGACCCCGAGCCCAAGAGCUUUAGCGCCCCAGCCGCCCAGGCCUAUGGCCAUGACACGCCCGUGAGGAACGGGGCGCUGGGCGGCUCCUUUGUCUCCCCCAGCCCCCUCUCUACCAGCAGCCCCAUCCUCAGCGCUGACAGCACUUCAGUGGGGAGUUUCCCAUCAGGGGAGAGCAGUGACCAGGGCCCCCGGACACCCACCCAGCCUUUGCUGGAUGCUGGCUUCCGCUCCGGCAGCCUGGGCCAGCCCAGCCCUUCGGCUCAGAGAAGCUACCAGAGUUCUUCUCCUCUUCCGACUGUGGGCAGCAGCUACAGCAGCCCUGACCACUCACUGCAGCAGUUCAGCUCCCCAGAAAGCCAGGCCCGGUCUCAGUUCAAUGUGGCUGGAGUCCACACGGUACCCGGGAGCCCUCAGGCACGCCACAGGACAGUGGGCACCAACACUCCCUCCAGUCCUGGCUUUGGCCGCCGAGCUGUCAACCCCGGCAUGGCUGCCCCCAGCAGCCCCGGUUUGAGCCACCGCCAGGUGAUGGGCCCACCAGGAGCUGGUUUCCAUGGUAAUGCAGUCUCUAGCCCCCAGGGCAGUGCAGCGACCACUCCAGGAAGCCCCAGCCUGGGCCGGCACCCCGGGGCCCAUCAGGUUUCAGGCCUCCAUGGCAGUGCGGCCACCACUCCAGGGAGCCCCAGCCGGGGCCAGCACCCUGGGGCCCUUCAGGCCUCAGGCCUCCAUGGCAGUGCGGCCACCACUCCAGGGAGCCCCAGCCUGGGCCGGCACCCGGGAGCCCACCAGGGCAACUUGGCCUCCAAUAUCCAUGGCAACACAAUAGCCAGCCCCGGAAGCCCCAGCCUGGGCCGUCACCUCGGAGGGUCUGGAUCUGUGGUUCCCGGCAGCCCCAGCUUGGACCGGCAUGUGGCCUAUGGCGGCUACUCCACCCCUGAGGACCGGAGACCAACGCUGUCCCGGCAGAGCAGUGCCUCUGGCUACCAGGCUCCUUCCACGCCCUCCUUCCCUGUGUCCCCUGCCUACUACCCUGGCCUGAGCAGCCCCGCCACCUCCCCCUCGCCGGAUUCAGCAGCCUUCCGGCAAGGGAGUCCAACACCGGCCUUGCCAGAGAAGUGGAGGAUGUCCAUGGGAGACCGAGCGGGCAGCCUCCCCAACUACGCCACCAUCAAUGGGAAGGUGUCUUCCUCGCCUGUCGCCAGUGGCAUGUCCAGUCCCAGUGGGGGCAGCACCGUCUCCUUCUCACACACGCUGCCCGACUUCUCCAAGUACUCCAUGCCAGACAACAGCCCCGAGACCCGGGCUAAAGUGAAAUUUGUCCAGGACACUUCCAAGUAUUGGUACAAGCCUGAGAUCUCCAGAGAGCAGGCCAUCGCACUCCUGAAGGACCAGGAGCCGGGGGCCUUCAUCAUCCGUGACAGUCACUCCUUCCGAGGAGCCUACGGGCUGGCCAUGAAGGUGUCUUCUCCCCCUCCGACCAUCAUGCAGCAGAAUAAAAAGGGGGACAUGACCCAUGAGCUGGUGAGACAUUUCCUGAUAGAGACCGGUCCCAGGGGAGUCAAGCUCAAGGGAUGCCCCAACGAGCCAAACUUCGGAUCUCUCUCUGCCCUGGUCUACCAGCACUCCAUCAUCCCGCUGGCUCUGCCCUGUAAGCUGGUCAUUCCAAACCGAGACCCCACGGAUGAAUCGAAAAAUAGCUCGGGCACUGCCAACUCAACCACUGACCUGCUGAAGCAAGGGGCAGCCUGCAACGUGCUCUUCGUCAACUCUGUGGAUAUGGAGUCACUCACUGGGCCACAGGCCAUCUCCAAAGCCAUUUCCGAGACACUGGCUGCUGACCCCACACCAGCUGCCACCAUCGUUCACUUCAAAGUUUCUGCCCAGGGAAUUACACUGACUGACAACCAGAGAAAGCUCUUCUUCAGACGACACUACCCUCUCAACACCGUCACCUUCUGUGACCUGGAUCCACAGGAGAGAAAGUGGAUGAAAGCGGAGGGAGGUGUCCCUGCUAAGCUCUUUGGCUUUGUGGCCCGGAAGCAGGGCAGCACCACGGACAACGCCUGCCACCUCUUUGCUGAGCUUGACCCCAACCAGCCUGCCUCCGCCAUUGUCAACUUCGUCUCCAAGGUCAUGCUGAGUGCCGGACAGAAGAGAUGAACUCACCCCAUGCCCGGGCCAGGGCAGUGGGGAUGGGGCAUGGGGGGAGGGGACCCAUGAAUCCUGACCACCUUUGAAUCCAGAAGGAGGACUUUGGGCCAAUUUUGGAGAAGGAGAGAAGAAAGUGCAACGUGGGGAGAGGGAAGUGAAUUGCGGAGGGGAGGGGGAGAGAGGGAGAGAAAGAAAGACAAGGAUGGAGGAGGAGAACUCAGUUCCCUUGGGUGGAUGGAUAUUGCGCAACCCCGAAGCCUUCAAAACUGACCAGGUCCACCUAAUGCCCCCUCCCCGUCCCAAGGGAUGGAGCCCCUCCAAGGAGGCAGAACUGACCGCCUUGGGGAUCCAUACUUUGGGGGGAAAUGGAAAAGUAUCCCUCUAACCCAACUGCUUUGCAUGGAGAAAACAAGUCAAGAGAAUCUUUUUCUGGCCACCUCUAGGGUACAUUGCCAAACUAAAAAGAGCCAGCAUGGGAUAUCAAGUGGCAGAACUUUUGCUUUUGAAAGUAUCUCAGACCCAGGGCACCUAAAGUCUCUUUGUUCUGCCUCUGAUGUAUAGUUUGCGUGGGUGUACAUGUGGGGUUGUGUAUAUGUCAGCACCCACAUCCUCACACGCUGAUUUAUAUUUGCCUCUCAGCUAGAAUCAUAAACAGGUGAACUUGCCCAUGUUCCAUGUGUUUGCGCACACGUGCAUACUAUCCAAAGAAAGUUAGAAUCGGGGCGACACAGCAUCAAGGAGGGGACGGCAGCCUUCUUCCCUGGGAGCACGCAGGAAUGUGGGUGACAGGCUCUGUCUUGGUCCCUACACCUGCUCUCUAGUGGCCCUGAGUGCCGCCAGCCCCUUCUCCUGGACCAAGAAGCCAGCGGGAGCUGGACCGGCCACCUUGCCUCCACCAGGAGGUAGGACUGUUGGUUUGAGGAGGUGGAGCCAUGCGUUUCCAUAGCCCCGGGGAAGAGAUCCAUCAGCUGCCCAUGCUGUUGACCCUGAGGCCUCUUUCCUGAGUGGUGUGGCCCAGCAGCGAGGUGGGCGGUUUGUUCCCGCCAGCUCUCAGCCUUCAGCCCAUCCUUGGGCUUUGCGCCCACACCAGCCUUAACUCAGACUUGCUUAUCUGCAUGCUGUCUUUUCGGGUGCUGGGGAUUGAGCCUUCCUGCUCUGCCCUGCUCUGUUGUGUCCUGCAGGGCCCCCAGGUUGGGCUGAUCCUGGGGAAACUGCUUCUAAUGGCCCUGCUCAGCAAGGCCCGGGGGAGAAGCCUAUAGUCCUUGUCCUCCCCUCCGCAAGUGUUUGGGCUCUGACUUUCGCUGGGCUCUCCAGGGUGACUUAGCAGAGCUCUGGGAGCUGCUACCUGUAUACCACAUGGCCUGUGUACAUUACUGGAGCCUUACUGUUUCCUCUUCUGCCUUGGUUUCCCCAGAAGAGCCACGCUGCCUGUGAGCAGAGGGCAGAAAGCAUGCAUUUAGGCCAAAGGGCCUAGAGUUCAUCUGGGCAAUUGGGAAACCCCCAACUUCCACCCAAGGACUCUAAGCUGAAAUGGAAAAUUCACCAGGACUCCAUUCUUGAGGGGCUUCUUAAGCCUCUGGGGUCCCCUAGAGAGAGGCAUUGUACUGAUAUAUAAAUAUAUAUAAUAUAUAUGUGAGACAUACUGACAGAAUCUGUAAGCUAAUAAAAUAUAAGAAAAGGUUAAAAAAAAGAA